GAGACAGAGCGUGGCAUCUCCACGGCACCGGAAGAUGAUAGCUCGAAACAUCAUGGUACCCCUCCGCCCUUAAAUUCGCCUUACGAGACCGAUUUCUCGACACUAUGAACCCGGUCAACGCGUCGAGUGCCGAGACGACCCUCUCCCAGGUCGCCUCGGCAUUCGCAGAUGCCUCUUCCGCCGCGCUCGCUUCUGCUGUCACACGGGUAGACGACGUCGCACGUGUUCAGGGCUCUUCCUCGUGGCUGGGCCUCGUUGCCAGAUUGGUGCUCUACCUGCUUCACAUCCUGUCGACAAUCAUAUACUGGAGUCUGAAGCUCACGACGAUCUCUGUGCCGACGCUGCUCUUUACGCUAUUCUCCACGAGCUUAACCGUGACGAUGAACGCGACAACUUUGGCAUUGAUAUUGCUUGUCAUGUUCUCUGCGGUAACUUGGGUUGUCAGAUACCGAUAUUUAAACAUGUAUUCUCGCCUGCCUCCAGAGCCGCAACGCAAGGAGCCGGAGUUGGACCUCUUUCCGGAGAGCCACGAGGAAGGCGCCAAGCCUGGUCUGAGUAAUUAUCUAGACGAAUUUCUCAGUGCCAUCAAGAUCUUCGGGUAUCUCGAGCGACCUGUGUUUCAUGAACUGACCAGGAGCAUGCAGACCCGGAAGCUAAUCGCCGGCGAGACCCUGAACCUGGAGGAAGAGAAGGGAUUCUGCCUGGUUGUGGACGGACUCGUUGAGAUUUUCGUCAAGUCUUCUCACCCCAGCCAGACGUCGCGACUUGACAUACCCCACCACACCUCGCUGCAGUCUUUUUCCGACGAUGACGAGCACUCUGCCCCCGGCCAGCAACGCUAUCAGUUGUUGACCGAGGUUCGAAACGGCAACCCCAUGUCGUCGUUGUUCUCAAUCAUGUCCUUGUUCACAGAAGACGUGAAGCUUAUGCUGCCAUCUGAGGACAUCACCAGGCCCGGCCGCUCAAGCCACCAACGUCUUGCCUCCGGCGCCAGCAUUCCGCACCCAGAGGACAUACCGCCCUUUUUGGCCGAAGCGACAGACCUAAGCAAAUCCCAUGAGCCCUCGAGCGCGAGUCGCUCCCCCACCGGCAAUCAGGCCACAUUACCAAGGAUUUCCCCCCUUUCGUUGGAUGAUUCGCUACAGUCCCGGGCUACUCGUCGUCCAACCGUGAAAAGGACAGCGACGUCGGUCCAUCCUGAUAUCAUUGCGAGGGCAACGGUCGACACGACCAUUGCGAUAAUACCUGCGAGCGCUUUUCGGCGGUUGAUCAGGGUUUAUCCCAGAGCCACUGCCCACAUUGUGCACGUAAUCUUGUCGAGAUUUCAACGCGUUACUCUCGCCACGGCAUACAACUACCUCGGCCUUACUAGCGAGGUCCUUCACACGGAAAAGAACAUGAUUAACUAUACAACUUGCCAGCUGCCGAACCUCCUCCGAGGGGAUGCUCUGGAACGUUUGAAGGAGAAGUUUAAGCAGGAGAGAGAGAGGGCCGGUGAAGAGGACAGUGGCAAAGGGAUCGCUUUACACAACGCAUCGGUGACUCGUCAGCGUCGCCGGUCUUCGACGAGCCUCCGUAAAGAAGCAGCGCUGCAAGCGAUGAGCCGCUCGCGACCCCAGUCUGUAGUCGCAUCUACGAUUGUGCCCCCGCAAGAGCGUGUUUCGAUACACACACCCAGCCCCGGCGACCUCCUCGCUAACGUCCAGAUAACCCGUAGUGGAGGCCCAAGGCCAUCGGGCACUCUAGAGAUUCCGAUCGCGCAACCGUGGAAUCCACCGGACACAUUCCACACAGGAGAUACGAGCCCUCUGGCGCAGCGCACCUUCGACCCGUUCUCAACCCAGAAGCGAGCCCGCCUAUCAAUUGACCCUCGCGAAUCCGUAGAUGAGGACAACUUUUUCAGGGUAUCUAUUUUGGAGUGCGUCUUCAAAGCUUUAGGUAUGGGUACUGGUGGAUCAUCAUCGAGAGGCCCAGAAUCGAUCGAGGGCUCCCCAAGACUCGUCUCAUACGACCAAAGAAGGCAAAAGGCCGUGUUCAGCAGCAACGCAUUUGGCUAUAUAGAUCCCUUUGAUAGUGCCGCCGAUUGGGACGCCGAAUCGAUGACUUCUGGCGGCGUUUCAAUGACUGCCACCCCGAACAUCCAGUUUCUCGCCGCGGAAAUGAAACAUGACGUUGAGAUUGUCUUCUUUCCUCAAGGAUCGGUGUUGGUCGAGCAAGGGGAGCGAAGCCCGGGCCUUUAUUACGUCGUCGACGGGUUCCUCGACAUCUGCGUCCCGUCGGAUGACCCGGGGAGCGACAUCCUUAGCUCAGCCAGUAGAACCUCUGCGACGGCUAUGCAUCUAGCCGAGUCUCAAGAAGCUGCUCGGCGGUCGUCAUAUUAUUCGCCUGCGCAGGAGGCCAACACCAACACGAAUAUGCCCGAGGCGAAACGGUACGCCAGAUCCAGCCGUCGCCGCGUAGGGCUGGUGAAGCCAGGCGGCCUCGCAGGUUAUAUUGGUACAGUCUCAUCGUACAGGUCCUUUAUCGACGUGGUCGCCAAGACGGAUGUCUACGUCGGGUUCAUCCCGCGAGCAACUCUAGAGAAGAUAGUAGAACGGUAUCCAAUCGUGCUUCUCACGAUGGCAAAGAGGCUGACCAGCCUGCUUCCGAGACUAAUACUUCACAUCGACUUCGCUCUCGAGUGGGUCCAGGUCAAUGCCGGGCAAGUCCUAUUCAAUAAGAACGAGGAAAGCGAAGCUAUCUAUCUCGUCCUCAACGGAAGGCUACGGUUGGUAGAAGACCGCAAGGGCGGCGGAAUGAAUGUUCGUGCAGAGUAUGGCCAGGGCGACAGUGUUGGUGAACUGGAGGUUAUGACCGAAUCAGCUCGCUCUGGCACCCUGCAUGCCAUCCGUGCUACGGAACUUGUCAAGUUCCCGCGCACCCUGUUCAACAGUCUGGCUCAAGAGCACCCCAACAUCACCAUAAAGAUCUCCAAGAUCAUCGCAUCCCGGAUGCGGUUGCUAGUCGACGAUCCGUCCAGCCUCGCAGGGAAGGAUGCGGCUUCUGGCACAUCCAUAAACAAGGUUUCGUCCACCCUCAACAUACGAACGGUUGCCAUCCUCCCGGUAAGGUCCGGCAUCCCCGUGGUUGAGUUUGGGAACCGCUUGAUGAAUGCUCUGGCCCAAGUUGGCACGCCAAACGGCGCCACAUCCCUGAACCAGGCCGCAAUCCUCAGCCAUCUCGGAAAACAUGCUUUCAACAAGAUGGGGAUAUUGAAAUUAUCACACUAUCUUGCCGACCUAGAGGAGAAGUAUGGGUUGGUUGUCUACGUUGCCGACACAAGCGUGACGUCUCCUUGGACCCAGACGUGCAUCACGCAGGCAGAUUGUAUUCUUCUGGUGGGCCUAGCCGAAGGAUCUCCUGAGAUUGGCGAGUACGAGCGAUUCAUGCUGGGUAUGAAAUCGACUGCCCGCAAAACGUUAGUUCUCCUUCAUGCCGAUCGGUACUCGCCCCCCGGACUCACGAGAGCAUGGUUGAGAAAUCGGGUCUGGAUCAACGGGGGCCAUUAUCAUUUGCAGAUGGCCUUCGAGACAAAUACCGUCGCUCCCCACCCACCCCCGAGGAAGAACGGCCCGACUUUGAAGGAACGUGUACAGAUCCUCCAGGCCGAGAUACAGAGAUAUACGGUGCAGAAGAUACGUCAAAGGCCUUACUACUCACCCGACGCCCCGUACAAGGGAGACUUUCAGAGGCUCGCGAGAAGACUCUGCGGCAAAUCGAUCGGUCUUGUGCUGGGAGGGGGCGGCGCCCGAGGCCUAGCCCAAGUCGGCAUUAUCAGGGCCAUGGAAGAGGCCGGCAUACCGAUCGACAUCGUCGGCGGCACGUCUAUCGGUUCGUUCAUCGGAGCGCUAUACGCACGACACACGGACGUGGUGCCCAUGUUCGGCUUGGCGAAGAAGUUUGCCGGGAGGAUGGGUAGCAUGUGGCGUUUUGCUCUCGAUCUCACGUAUCCGUCGGCGUCGUAUACCACCGGCCACGAAUUCAACCGCGGGAUCUUUAAGACUUUUGGCAAGCACCAGAUUGAAGAUUUCUGGCUGGAAUAUUACUGCAAUACGACGAAUAUCAGCAAGAGCAGGCCCGAAAUCCACACCAGCGGCUAUGCUUGGCGAUACGUCCGGGCGUCGAUGUCGUUAGCUGGCCUGCUCCCGCCGCUGUGUGACGAAGGCAGCAUGUUGUUAGAUGGCGGGUACAUCGACAACCUCACGGUGUCACAUAUGAAGUCGCUCGGGGCGGAUGUGAUCUUCGCUAUCGACGUGGGGGCAUUGGACGACGACACACCCCAAAGCUACGGGGAUUCCCUCUCGGGCGUAUGGGCGUUCUUCAACCGAUGGAAUCCGUUUUCGAGCACCCCCAACCCGCCAACGCUGGCAGAGAUCCAAGCUCGCUUGGCCUACGUAUCCAGCGUCGAUGCUCUAGAGCGUGCCAAGACAAUGCCGGGAUGUAUAUACAUGCGGCCGCCGAUCGACGACUACGGCACUCUAGACUUUGGAAAGUUUGAUGAGAUCUACGCGCUCGGGUACAAGUUUGGUACAGAAUUUCUUGCCCGGCUGAAGGAGGAUGGAGUGCUGCCGCUGGUGGAGGAAACCGAGGCCAAGAAAGCACUACGGCGGACGAUGGCGCCUCGACGUGCGAGCAUUUAAGUACGUCCCAGGAGUGCUCGAUACCCACUUCGUUAGUACAUAGAACCUCGUCCGAGUGCGACGAGCGACGCAUAUGGUAAUAAUCAAUCGGCGCGAUCCCACGAAGCCGAGUCCAUAGCGAUAAUAGCGGAAGCGCCUAAUUAAAAGUAUAUCGUAAGGCCAUCCGUACUGCUGUGAAAGCUGCCGGAUGGGUUCUAGGUGAACGUGUACGGGGAUUGUUGCUGUUGCCUUUGCCGUCCUUUCAGUGUCCGUUUGCUUUACCCCUAUUGUUUUCGUUCCAAUUCUAGCAAGGCGCGGGGU